GCGGGGUUAAAGGGCCGGGCGGCCGACGGCGCGGCCGGAGCCGAGGUUGCGGUGCAGGCGGCUCGGGACGGAGGGCGGAGGCCGAGACCCGCGAGGAUGCUGCCCAUCACAGAACACCUGCUGCACCUCCUGGGAAUGGAGAAGACCGCGUUCCGCUUGUAUGCUGUGUCUAUGCUCCUCCUCUCCCUGCUCUUCUUCAGCUUCCGCCUGCUGAUGCAGUUCCUGAGGUUCUGCUGGCGCUUCUACAUCACCUGCCGCCGCCUGAGCUGCUUCCCCCAGCCGCCCCGGCGCAACUGGCUGCUGGGCCACCUAGGCAUGUAUCUUCCAAAUGAGACGGGACUCCAAGAUGAGAAGAAGGUUCUGGACAACAUGCACCACGUGAUCCUGGUGUGGAUCGGACCCGUCCUGCCACUGUUGGUUCUGGUGCACCCUGACUAUAUCAAGCCUCUAGUGGGUGCCUCAGCUGCCAUUGCCCCCAAGGAUGACCUUUUCUAUGGAUUUCUGAAACCUUGGCUUGGGGAUGGGCUGCUGCUGAGCAAAGGUGACAAGUGGAGCCGGCACCGCCGCUUGCUGACACCUGCCUUCCACUUUGACAUCCUGAAACCCUACAUGAAGAUCUUUAACCAGUGCACAGACAUCAUGCAUGGUAAAUGGCGGCGCCUGGCACAGGGCUCAGUCAUCUCCCUUGACAUGUUUGAGCAUGUUAGCCUCAUGACCCUGGACAGUCUUCAGAAAUGUGUCUUCAGCUACAACAGCAACUGCCAGGAGAAGAUGAGCGAUUACAUCUCGGCCAUCAUUGAGCUGAGUGCCCUGGUGGUCCGGCGCCAGUAUCGCCUGCAUCACCAUAUAGACUUCAUCUACUACCUCACAGCAGAUGGGCGGCGUUUCCGGCAGGCCUGUGACACCGUACACCGCUUUACCACGGAGGUCAUCCAGGAGCGGCGGCAGGCACUCCGCCAGCAGGGGGCUGAGACCUGGCUGAAGGGCAAGCAGGGCAAGACCUUGGACUUCAUUGAUGUGCUGCUCCUGGCCCGGGAUGAAGAUGGGAGGGAGCUGUCAGAUGAGGACAUCCGAGCUGAGGCGGACACCUUUAUGUUUGAAGGUCAUGACACAACGUCUAGUGGGCUCUCAUGGGUGCUAUUCAACUUGGCCAAGUAUCCAGAGUACCAGGAGAAGUGCCGAGAGGAGAUCCAAGAAGUCAUGAAAGGCCGGGAGCUGGAGGAGUUGGAGUGGGAUGACCUGACCCAGCUGCCCUUCACCACCAUGUGCAUCAAGGAGAGCCUACGCCAGUUCCCGCCAGUGACCUUGGUUUCCCGCCGCUGCACGGAGGACAUCAAGCUUCCAGAUGGGCGCAUCAUCCCCAAAGGAAUUAUCUGCCUGGUCAGCAUCUAUGGGACCCACCACAACCCCACAGUGUGGCCUGACUCCAAGGUGUACAACCCCUAUCGGUUUGAUCCGGACAACCCACAGCAGCGCUCCCCACUGGCCUAUGUGCCUUUCUCUGCAGGACCAAGGAACUGCAUCGGACAGAGCUUUGCCAUGGCCGAGAUGCGCGUGGCCGUGGCGCUGACGCUGCUGCGUUUCCGCCUGAGUGUGGACCGAACGCGCAAGGUGCGGCGGAAGCCCGAGCUCAUCCUGCGCACGGAGAGCGGCAUCUGGCUCAACGUGGAGCCGCUGCCUCCGCGGGCCUGAGCGCCGGCGCCGCCCACAGAGGCCCAGGCCCCGCCCCCGAGGGCCCAGGCCCCGCCCCCAAGGUCCUGAGGGCAGAAACCACGCCCCUCGAAGUUCAGGUUCGGCUCCUCUGGGGAGAAGCCCGGUGGUACCAGCCGUGCCCCUCGCGGCAAGGCUCCGCCUCCCGGCGACCCGGUCCCGCCCCUUGAGGUCCAGGUCCAGUCCCCUGAGCGCCCUUCCCGCUCUCCUGCUGGAGGGGGAUUCCAGGACUUGAGACCCGACCCCUAAGGCCUCUGGGAUUCAGGAUCGUUCCCCUCUGUGGGUCCCGGCUGGCUUCCAAGAUGAAGACUUGGGAGCUGGAGCCCGAAGUUAGAGCCUUGAACCCGGGCAGGGCAUCACCUUCCUGAGGCUCCCAGCUGCUGUGGGUGAACUCCUCUGGCACCAGGCUGCAGCCCAGGGCUCGGAUGUAUGCUUCUGUUGUUGUUUUGUAAACCUAGACCCUCCUUCACAACCCUCUGCCCUUUUCCCUGGCUGUGAGGCCCUUUGCUGAGUGUUCUGAUUUUUGUAGAACAAAACCAAGGGAUGCAGACGUCCCCCCAGCGUCCACCCCCUAGCCCCGCCAGAUGCUUCCCUUCGAGCCCAGCAAGGAAACGAAGGUCCCCGGGGAAGUUGGGAGGCAUGUGAGGGAAGCUAUGGGCCAGGAGGCUGGGAAGCCGUUCGCCCUCAGACAUAAACUCAAGCUUUUUGGGACACUUUGUGCAUACAUUUAUCUCGUCAGCAGACCACGUAUUAAUUGUUUGUUGGCACUGGGCCAGGGCCGCGGCCGGGGCUCAAAUCCUGCCCUCAGGAGAACAGGGGACAGAAGUUGAACAAAUAUUUCAUAUGUAUUUUUAUUUAUAAUCAUGACAAGCGCCCCAAAAGAGAGGCCCUUGGUGCUCUGCAAACACAACAGGGGGUGGCUCAGGGAGAGCUUCUGGGAUGCUGAAGUGAGGGUACAAGCUGAGUGGUGACAAGGGAGAGGAGAGCAUGUCAGGCAGGAGGAACUGCAUCUGCCAAUGUCCCCAGGGGAAGGAGAGCAUGGAGUUCUUGAGGAACAUCACCCUGGGGUGACUGGUUCUGGAAAAGGGGGCAGAAUGGAGGAAAGUUGGUCAGGGGCCAACUGCCAGAAAGUAGAGGCCACAUCUCACUUCAGGGCAUUACACUCAGGGCAAUAGGGAGCUGCAGAGGGCAUGGGAGCAGGGGGGCAUGGUCAAAUGUGGGCUGGCAGGGAGGUGGCUUGGAAGUGGGGGCGCACUGGGGACUGGAAAUCUGGGGAAGAGAGAGACUGAGGUCCCAGGCGGGACUAUCAAGCCACAGAGGCUGAGGUGAGGGAGGAGGUAAGCUUGAUUCCCACGCCUUUGGCUGGGGGAACUGAAGACAGCAUGGUCCCCGACAUAAUGAUACAGGAGAUGGGGCGGUGGCAGUGUCUACAAUAAUUGUAUUAAUUCAUCAAAUAUUUAUUGAGCAUCUGCUGUGAGCCAGGCCGUAUUUGAGGCCUUAUAUAAUUGACAUUUGUUGCCGGGGUGGGGGAGUGUUAACAGAUGAUGGAUAAUAAAUAAACAAAUAAAUAAGUAAAUUCACAUGGGG